UUGUAAAGAAUAUAGCAAAAACACAGUCUUCUCCUUCCAAAGUGACCCAGUGUUCAAUGCAGUCUCCACAGAAAACUUCUCUAAUAGUACCAACAAAGCAGAUCAAGAAAUCAGGUCGAACUAAACCACCUGGACAUACUACAGUCCCCAAAAAGGGCAGUCCACUUAAAAAUCCCACACCAAAGAAAAAAGGUGUAAACUCAGGAAAAAAGGAAAAAUGUCUUCCUGUAGUAUGUUCUACAUCUGCAACUUCUCUAAAAUCACUGAUUAGAAACCGUAGCAAUUUAUAUAAGGAAGUUGCACCUGGGCCAUCUAAAAUAGUGAUGUCUACAGUCUGUGUCUAUAUAAACAAACAUGGAAACACCGGCCCUUACCUGGAUCCCAAGAGAAUCCAGCAGCUGCCUGACCACUUUGGCCCAGGCCCUGUGAAUGUGGUGCUCCGCCGGACUGUGCAGGCCUGUGUAGAUUGUGCCUUUCAGAAUAAAACUGUUUUUGGAUUCCUUAAGCCAGAUAAUCGUGGAGGAGAAGUGAUAACUGCCUCCUUUGAUGGGGAAACUCAUUCUGUCCAGCUCCCUCCAGUGAACAGUGCAUCAUUUGCUCUUCGCUUUCUGGAGACCUUCUGCCACAACAUGCAGUGUGAUAACCUUUUGAGUAGCCAGCCUUUUAGCUCUUCCAGGGGUAAUACUCGCCCUGCAGAACAUGAUACAAAUAAAUCAGUAAAAGAAGAUUUAACAGAAAAGAAAACCACCAAACGAUCUCCACCGCAACCUGUACCUUACGUUGUUCCUCUCUCUCCCAAGUUCCCCAAAACAAUGGCGUAUGCCUCUAAAGAAGAAUUAUUGUCUCCUGAUGGAAAUGGCAUUCCCAAAGAGGAAAAGCUUCCUGAAGAUUCCAAGACCUCAUCUUUAAAUUCAGGAAUUUCUUUGAAUCCUGCCUGUAGAAAUCCUAUAUAUAUGCAUGCUUCAGUUUCUGGGCAUUUUUCUCAAAAUGUGCCAGCCACAUCAAGCUCAGCACUAGUUGGAAGCAAAUCAUCUCCCAAGAGCAGUCACCAUGAAGUUAAAUUCCAAAUGCAGAGGAAAAGUGAAGCUCCAAGUUAUAUAGCUGUACCUGACCCCAGUGUCCUGAAACAAGGCUUCUCUAAGGACCCUUCAACCUGGUCUGUGGAUGAAGUGAUACAGUUUAUGAAACAUACAGAUCCUCAGAUAUCAGGCCCCCUCGCCGACCUCUUCAGGCAACAUGAAAUUGAUGGGAAGGCUCUGUUCCUACUCAAGAGUGAUGUGAUGAUGAAGUAUAUGGGGCUGAAGCUGGGGCCGGCUUUAAAGCUCUGUCAUUACAUUGAGAAACUUAAAGAAGGAAAAUAUACUUGAAAAGAAAGUGUCAGUCUAGAUUGGAAAUAAUUCUCAGGUGUACAUUAACCUUUUAAUUUUUAAAGUAUUUUUCUUCUUUUCGUAGUUUCUGUUUUAUAGACAGUUCCUAUAAAAAUGUUUUAUCAGAAUUGUCAGAAUUGCAGAGUU